UUGGCUGAGGUGGUUUUUUACAAAGGGGCGUAUUUUUCAAGCCAUCUUGACUGAAUAUUUAGCCUCAUCCAAGGAACAUUUAUUUGAUAUCUUCGGGAUUUUGCUGCCCUUAAGUUGUGAACCAGCAUCGUUUGAAAGGUUUAAACCAUAGCUAUGAAACCGGGUCGAGUUUGUGUGUUUGACCGAAGUCACAGCGGAGAACUGAAGUGCUGAAGAUGACGCUGUCGCUCCUGAAAUUACCGGUUAGCUAAGCUAACGGCUAGCAUGUCCGCCUUGGUUGUAGUCUGUCACUAGCUGACAUUUAGCUAGGUGCAGUUAUUCUGAUUUGACACUCGCACUGCAGAGGACGAUUUCACAAGGGAGCUGCUGUAAACUCCCAUGCGGAAGGUGAGGAGGUGGGAAUGUGACACAGUUGUUAGCGGACUCAACAUGGGUAGGGGUCGAGGCAGAGGGAGAGGGAGGGGCAGGGGAUCAUCUGGCCAGUUGCGGUCCCCCUCGCCCUACAGACUGCAGCUCUCUCCGUCCAGGGAGACUUUGACAUAUGCUCAGGCACAGAAAAUAGUGGAAGUGGAUCUAGAGGGAAGGCUCCAUCGGAUUAACAUCACAGAUCUUCUGCCGGUUAUUACCGAGGACGAGAUGAUGGCCCAGGACAUUGCUGAGUGCAACAGCAACAAGGAAAACAGUGAACAAACGCAGAGUAAAACCAAAUCAUGGAGGAAACCCUCAAACAGUAAAAGCAGGAGGAGUGGUAAAAAUACGUCUCACCAGAACCAACGGUCUGGCUCGCAGCAGCAAACAGGACCUACUAAUUCCUUCCAGCACCCGUCCCAACUUAGCCCUCUGCCUGAGCCCACCUUUCGUGUGCUGAGUUCAAUUUGCCCCUCAGAGGCGCCUCCUCUCCCAGCAGCCUACUAUCGUUACAUAGAAAAGUCAUUGGAGGAACAGGACAGUGUGGCUGAGUACGACAUGGACGAGGAAGACCUGGCCUGGCUGGAGAUGGUGAACCAAAAGAGGGUGUCUGACGGCCAUGCCUCCGUAGCUCCAGACACUUUUGAACUGCUGAUUGACCGCCUGGAGAGGGAAUCCAUCCUCGAGUCCCGCAACCAGGCACUGUCCCAGAGUGCCGUCGACGAGGAUGCUUUCUGCUGCGUCUGUCUGGAUGAUGAAUGUCUGAACAGUAAUGUCAUCCUGUUCUGUGACAUCUGCAAUCUGGCCGUUCACCAGGAGUGUUACGGUGUGCCCUACGUACCUGAGGGUCAGUGGCUGUGCCGCUGCUGCCUGCAGUCCCCGUCCCGUCCUGUAGACUGUGUGCUCUGUCCCAACCGAGGAGGUGCCUUCAAACAGACAAGUGAUGGACGUUGGGCCCAUGUUGUCUGUGCCAUAUGGAUCCCGGAGGUGUGCUUUGCCAACACGGUGUUUUUGGAGCCUGUUGAGGGGGUCAAGAACAUCCCUCCGGCUCGCUGGAAGCUCACCUGCUACCUGUGUAAGCAGAAAGGCAGGGGAGCAUCCAUUCAGUGCCACAAAGCCAACUGUUAUAGGGCAUUUCAUGUCACCUGUGCCCAGAAGGCCGGCCUGUUUAUGAAGAUAGACCCAGUCCGGGAGACAGGUGUCAACGGUACCACCUUUUCUGUGAAGAAGACUGCUUUCUGUGAGCAUCAUUCUCCAGUGGGGUCUGGAGACGAGUCGGUUGAAGGGAGACUGGUGGGGGGCAGGGGUAACCGGGGUCAAAGGUCCUACACUCAAAGCCCCCCCUCACCGCCAAGUAAGAAGGCUAUGAAGGGCCAGAAGAAGAAGAAUACAAAAGGGUUUGGUGGGUCGACGCGUCGCUCAAAUGUGCCUGUUCUGCUCGUGCCUCAGAUCCCCUCUCACAGGCUGAACAAGAUCUGCACAGGAGUUGAAGUCCAGCGGAAAAAUCAGUUCAUGCAGAGGCUUCAUAACUACUGGUUACUGAAACGACAGUCACGAAAUGGGAUGCCUUUAAUACGCCGACUUCAUUCCCAUCUACAGACCCACAGGACUGCAGAGCAGAAGGAGCCUGAUGAGAAGCUGUGUGCUGCAAGAGAGGAGCUACGAUACUGGCAAAAGUUGAGGCAAGACCUGGAAAGAGCCAGACUUUUGGUGGAGCUCAUCCGCAAGAGAGAGAGGCUAAAGAGAGAACAGAUGAAAAUUCAGCAGGCUGCUCUUGAAUUGAAGUUGACCCCUGCGUUGGUGCUUCUGCGAUCCACCUUGGACCAACUGCAAGAGAAGGACACAGCAAAAAUCUUCUCUCAGCCGGUCAAUCUAUCAGAGGUCCCAGAUUACCUGGAGUUUAUUUCCCAACCCAUGGACUUCUCCACCAUGCGUACCAAACUGGAGGGACAUGCCUACUGCUCCAUCGCGGACCUAGAGAAGGACUUUGAACUCGUGAUCUCCAACUGCCUCAAGUACAACUCCAAGGACACCAUGUUUCACAAGGCAGCCUUACAACUGCGGGAGGUGGGUGGAGCCGUUCUCCGCCACGCCCACAGGCAGUCUCAGAGCAUUGGCCUGGACCCCAGCACUGGGAUGCAUCUCCCAGAGACUCUGAAUAAACAUGGCUUCUACCACUGUACGUGGGACGACGUGGAUUCUCUGUUGGACCCAGAGAACAGACUGCACUUAACCACGGACGAACAGCUGAAGGCCUUACUGGACAAACUGGACAUGGUUACAUCCAUGCGUACCAGUGGUGGUCGAACCAAACGCAUUAGGCUGCUGCGCCGAGAGAUCAACACUCUCAGACAGAAGAUGAACCAGCAGCAGCAAAACUCUCAGUCUGUGAAUGGUAAUGACAAGAUGGACGAAGGAAAAGAAGAAGAAGAAGAAGAAGAGGAGGAGGAGGAAGAGGAGGAGAAGGAAAUGAAGGAAAAGACAAAAGUUGUUGAUGAUGGAUGUUUGACAGCAGUGUCCAACUCUGGAACAGAUGACUCUCCACCUGUGCUAGAACUUACCUGCCCAGUAUCAUCGCCGCUGCCAGGAGAUGCUCCUCUGGAACCCCCUGUCCUGGGCAUUGUAACUGGAGGGCGAAGGUCACCUGGACGCUCUUACAAGCGUCAGAGGUCAUCCCGCAGUGGAAGCAAAAGCCAAGGUGAAGAUGAGGCUGAAGUUGGUGAAACGCCAUCUUCACAGCCGGAGGCUGUUCACGAGGUUACUCCGCUGGGAGCCCCAACUGUGCCUUUGGUUGGAGUUGGUCGUCGUACGUCUGUUCUCUUUAAAAAAGCUAAAAAUGGGGCGAGAAUGGCAAAAAACAAACCCCAACAAAAUGGGAAGACAUCUGAGGAUAAAACAAACGGAUUGGGUAGCACCCCUGCCAGCCCAAAAUCACCCAGUGUGACCAACAUCACCACCUUACCUCCUACUCCAAAUGCUUCCCCUACACCUCCCUCUCCUUCCUCACACCACCUGAGGUCCAGGGGUCACAGCUCAGAAAGUGAAGCAGACAAACUCCCUCCACCACCCAGAGAAGGAGGCCUGACAAAUGGAAAGCACACCUCUGCAGACCAUGAUGAUGAUGACGACCAAAAACUGAACUGUAGUGUCUCCCCACCCAAACGAAGUCGUGGUAAACCUGCAUUGGCUAAAGUUCCCAGCAGUGAGAAUGGAGACAUCUCUGGGUCUGGAAAGUCUACACUUCUGUCUUUAGAUAGUGAAACCGAGCUCGCACCUCUGGACCUAGUUUGGGCCAAAUGUAGAGGAUAUCCAUCGUACCCAGCAAUGAUUGUUGACCCAGACAUGCCCCAAGAAGGGCUUCUUCACAAUGGCAUCCCCAUUCCAGUGCCUCCUGUGGAGGUGCUCAAACUGGGCGAAUGGAGGGAAACGGAAGAAGGCGAAAAGCUCUUCUUAGUGCUCUUCUUUGACACCAAAAGAACUUGGCAAUGGCUCCCUCGGAACAAACUACUGCCGAUGGGGAUGGAUGACACUGUGGACAAACUGCGCUUAAUGGAAGGCAAGAAACCCAGUGUUCGCAAGUCUGUACACACUGCAUAUGACCGGGCCAUGGUACAUUUAAACCAUGUGAGAGGAAAUCUAAACUUCACUCCCUCCAAUUUUAUAUAACUCUUUAGUUUCAAGAUUUUAUCAUCUUAAACAGGCCGCCUGGUUAUAUGUCUAGAAGCUUCAUCAAUGUUCUUAAAAAGGUGGGAAAGUAAAACAAAGGAUUACAUUUCCAACAGUCGAUGGUAUUUGAAGGUUUUCUGCAUAAAACUGUUGCUCUGAUUUUUAAAAUGGAGAGAAAACAUGCUUGAAGACAUUUUCCUAGAUGAAUUUGUUCAUUUAUUCAUGUAAUUUUUAAAAAGAUUUUACACAACCACUGUUGCUAUGUGUCCAUAUAAAGUUUUUAUUUUAGGCCAAAGUGAGUCAAGACUUGCGUGAGAAAAGUGUAAAUAUUUAAUCAUCAAAGGGAUCGUCUUGAGUCAAAACAUAUUUAGAUUGUAUUUGCCAUUGAAAUAUCACUGUGUUUAAUGAAGUGUGAAAGUCCCACUUAAUGUUCACGUCACAUCUGGACUCUACGGAAGUUUGGCUUUGACAGCUAUGGAGGAAAAUUAUAAUUUUCACCUGGGAAAUCAUUUUCUAAGUGGUGUUGGUAAUAUUAUAUAAACUUUUUUUUUUUUUUUCAAAAUAAAUGGAAAAGGCACCAAACUUAAAAAUCAAACCAUUUCCUCAGAUCCUAACUCCAUUGAGUCACAUAGGAUCCGGGCUUUAAGGCUUUGUUCAGACUGCAGGCAAAUCAGAUUUAUUUCUCAAAUCAGAUCUUUAAGACAGACUGUCCACACUGUUAUUUGCAAGUGAUCAGAUCAGAUUUGUGUCCAGACAUCACCAACCUAUCUGCAUGGGAUGCUGUGAUAUCGGCGUAGGGGUCAGUAACUACGUGUGCUGGUCCAUCAUCUCGGCCUCCAAACAAUCACACUGUCAAGUCGCCGUGCAGAACUCCUCUGUCGCACCAGACAAACUCAGAGAAGGCUGGUAUGAUGCCUCCUCUGUUGACGUUGUCAUUGUGUCGCGUUGUGAGUGACGCAGAAGACACUUUGAAAUCCGAUUUGAGCAAACAGAAUGUCUGAACUGAGAUGCAUCUGUAGAAAUACAAUAAGAAUCGCAUUUCAAACCACCUCCAAAUGUGGCUUGGAUCCAAUUUGCAAAAAUCGCAUUUCAUGUGGUUUUUUGCUGUCCAAACUUUCUAAAAUCAAUCUGGAUAUGCCAAAAAAUGGAUUUAAGAUGGCGGUCUGCACAUUGCCUUAGAGACCACUGAUAUUAAACACAGCAUUAUUCAAAAAGAAAUACAUCAAACCUGCUUGAGCUCCUAGAAUAUGUUUUGGGUGUGUGCAUAUUUUACUUCAACAAUUCUGAGAAUUGCUCAGUAGGUACAAGAAGAUGGGUGUCAAAGAACAAUUUGGAAUGAAUAGAAACACUGAUAAGUUUCGGUCAAUGGGCUGCCAAUGCAAGCAUUCUUGAACUGUUAGUCCAGCUAUGACGUGUUGUAGGUGGGACUUUAGAGGUCCUUACUUAUUUUUCCAUAUUGUGAAACUGUAUUGAUACAAGAAUGUCUGAGUACCCGGUGCAGCUACUUGGUUAGUAAGAUGUGAAGCCACUAUAGAGGUGAAACUGAUUAUUUUGUGGUUAUGACAAAGUUACUGCGAUCAAUUACUGAAGAAAUUGCAAUUGUUAGCAAAUCUGGCUGAAAUCACUUGAAAAGCACAAUCGGCCUGUUUAAAAAAAAAAAAGUGUAGGAUUGGUGACUCCUGGAGCCAUAUAUGUGGCAAAAACGUGUCCGUGUGUACAGUAUAUACAUAUGAAUACAACCUCAGUGUAGUAAAGGUGCAUGUGUAUAGUUUUGUAAAUAUGUAAAUGUAUGUUUAUAUUGGCUUACAUGAAGUAAUUUAAGGAAUGCAAAAAUCAAAUUUAGAUUUUAAUUUAUAAUUUGUGGCAGUCGAGAGUGUUAUUUAAAAAGUAAAAUAUUGAAAAGAUUUAUGUAUGAUGCUAAGUAGCUCUUUGUAAUAGUGAUGGUAUUCACCAUUAUGUCAGAACAUAUUCUCUAGAAGUGAGGUGGCACAAUUCCUGAGCUCUGUAGGCAGCAGUGAGCGCACUAGUCUACGAGUUUUUUUUGUUUUUCUUGGGUGGCACGGGAGGUUUUUGAUCUUGUCAUUUGAAUUGUACUGCAAGAUCUAUAAUCUGCCUGAGACAAUAUUUUCUCACACAAGAAUAAAUGAUGUUUGAAACAA